AUGAUCUAUCAAAUAAUUGCAAGGGAGGUGGAGGCUGCCUGUACAACCAAAAGGGUGGAGUCUGGAAAUAGUUGUUGGAGUCUUGCAAGAUCAUGUGGUAUUUCCGAUAGCGACUUUUAUAAAUACAAUGGUAUCGGUUCCAAUGGCGUUACAGAGAAUUCUUUCUGUGGCUCAUUGCAAGUAGAUCAAAUGGUGUGUUGUAGUUCGGGUGGUCUGCCAGAUGCAGGUGCACCAAAGAACCCCGAUGGUACAUGUGUAACCGUUGCUGUCAAGUCUGGUGAGGGUUGUUGGGCUGCCUCCCAAAGAUGUCCGACUCCCGUGACCACCCCACAAUUCAUGUCAUUCGACGGUAAUACCGAUAAGGUUUGUGGAGCUUUGGCAGUUGGCCAACUUCUCUGUUGUGGUCUUGGUAAGCUACCGGAUCUCUCACCAAAGAUGAAUGCCAACGGUUCGUGUGUUGCCUAUAAAGUCCAGAGAGACGAUUCCUGUUCUGUGAUUGCUGGUAAAUUCCAUAUUACUCCAUAUACAAAAUUGGAGGAUUUCAAUUCUGAUACAUACCAAUGGAUUGGUUGUGGUAAUGUACAACGUGAACAAACUAUAUGUAUUAGUCCUGGAAAACCUCCAUUGCCUACAAUCAACUAUGACGCUCAGUGUGGUGAAGCAUCGCAAACUUUGGUAAAGGGAACCUAUGCUGUACCCUCGAAUGCAACGAACGCCGUUAGAAAUGCUACAUGUCCGCUUCGAGCAUGUUGCAGUAGAUGGGGAUUCUGUGGAUACGGUGAAGAGUUUUGUGCUUUCAGUACAACAAAGAAUGUAGCUGGAAAACCAGUUAGAGGAACUGGAUGUCAGAGUGGUGCUUGUGGUCCGCAAGGUUAUCAUUCAAACUCUGGUCCACCAAGUAGUUUCUUUAAAGUUGGAUACUACGAAAGUUGGAUUAAAAAUAGACCUUGUUUAAACAUGAGACCUUCGCAAAUCGAUACAAGAAACUACACACAUGUUCACUAUGGAUUUGGUUUACUUGACAAUUCAUUCAAACCAUAUAUCGAUCCAAAGGAUAUCGAUGUUUGGGGUCAGUUCAAAGCGUUGUCAGGUGUGAAGCGUAUUCUAUCUUUUGGUGGUUGGGGUUUCAGUACUGAGCCAGCAACCCAAAAUAUUAUAACACAAGGUGUGAUGACCGCUGCCAAUCGUCAGAAAUUCAUUAGUAAUGUUGUAUCUUUUGUUCAAGAUAACUAUUUGGAUGGUGUAGAUAUGGAUUGGGAGUAUCCAGGAGCAUGGGAUAUCAAAGGUACUACACAUACCGAUGAUGAUGGUUUAAAUUAUUUGGAAUUCCUUAAAGGUCUGAGAGCUGCUUUGCCAAGCAAAUACUCACUUAGUAUGGCAGCUCCUGCUUCCUAUUGGUAUCUUAGAGCAUUCCCCAUUCAAGAUAUGGCAAAACUCUUGGACUAUAUUGUAUUUAUGACCUAUGACUUUAGAGGUCAGUGGGAUUACAAUAUUAAAUAUACUGGUCCCUAUUUGAGAUCUCAUGUCAAUUGGACAGAGACUGUCGAUGCAUUGGCAAUGAUUACCAAUGCCGGUGUUCCUUCGAACAAGGUUCUAAUGGGUUUGGGAUCGUAUGGUAGAUCAUUCCAACAAGUUGAUCCAGGUUGUUCCGCACCAACUUGUCAAUUCACUGCCAAUGGUGCGUCGCCUGGAAAAUGUACUGCUACACGUGGAUACUUGGCACUGGCAGAAAUUGAAGAUAUUAUUGCACACGGUCAGGUUCGUUCUAAAGUAUAUGAUGCGCUAUCGGAUUCUAUUAUUAUGACCUACAAUACCAACGAUUGGAUUGCCUAUACCGAUCAAGCAAUUAUGAAAAAUCGUAUUGCCAAAGCGAAAUCGAUGAAUCUCCUGGGAACUGUGGAAUGGGCAAUCGAUUUGCAAACUGCAACCACCAAGUAUGGUGUACCAUAUAAUCCAAAACCAUUGGCAGACGAUCCAAGUGCAGCAUACAAAGAAUGUCCAAAGGUAGAUAUAUCAUCUAAAUCAAUUAGUGAUAUCGUUAAUUCCGCCAGCGAUGACGAUAGUUCUGAUUGUGCUAUCGAAUAUAUGGCACAAAAGCUGAGAGAUCUUACCAAGGAGGCGCUAGGCAAGAUAGAUCGAAUGAUAAACGGUGGACCACCUGUUACCAAAGGUCCAAUCGAUUCGAUGGCUUUUGACAGUUGGUUACUUGCUCAUCUCGAUGAUUAUUUCAGUUGUCCAGGAAGAAAAUCAGCCAGGAAUGGAUGUUCGGCUCUCCUGAAAUGGGAUAAACCAGAUCAAUUCUAUAAGGAUAUCUAUAAUAACUUUAAGAUUGAAAAGUUCCAGAUUAUUAAUGGCACCUAUCAAAUUCCUCCCGAUUGCUCGGAUACCGUUCCAAUUCGAUGCACCAAAGCCAAAGAAUACAAAGGAAAUUUCCCAGUGAUAGGUCCAGCAAAAGUAACCGAUAGUACAUUCUCCAAGGUGUUUGAUGAUAUCUAUGUACCACAUAUGCUCACCAGAAUGACCGAUGAAUUCAACACCUGGAUGUUCAAGCGAGACGGCAACUUCCUUACACCGACCCACAUGGAUAAAUACUUUAAGUGCCCGGACGGUGGAUGUACAAUCGAGCAAGGUGAUUGCGAAGGCAAAUGUGAGAGUGGAAAUAUGGAGGUUAGAAACAUGGAUGAUUUCAUCAAGGCUGCCAGCGAUGCUCUCAAGUAUAAUGUCACCAAAGAUGACUUUGAGUAUAAAGACUACACGAUACACUAUGAAUACUGUGAGGCCAGCGAUAUUCCCAACAAACCUUGCAUCAAGAGAAAAGCUACCAUUGUCUACAACAAAUACCCAUAUCUACUAAAGAGUGUGGUGUUCAAUCCUGUCACUCUACUCGGUGAUCUCAGCAAGAUUAAAGAGAUUUCCAAGUAUAUGGAUGAUUCUGUCAGUGGCGGAUGGGAAGAUCCAUACGUGAUCGUUGAUACCGCAAUGACUGUGACCAUCGGUCUUCUGAAUGCAGCGGAAUCAAUGGAAUCGAUCAUGAACCAAGCUGCUGUGAUCAUUAGUAACGAAGAGGCAAUGAAAGUACAGUUCCUAUUUGAUCUGAUCGAGUCGUUCUUUAUGAUAGGUGCCUACACCAUACCUGUAAUCGGUCCUGUCAUUGGUGCAACUUGGACGAUAUUGCCUAUGGCUAUCGGUGGUGAAAAGGAUCCAUUAGCCUGGAUAGCUGCAUCCUUUGAUAUUAUUGAUGGAUUGGCGUCAAUGAUUAAACUAGGUAAAGGGUUCCGAGGUGCGCGGGAUAAUUUCUUGAAAUCGCCAGGUAAAUUCGCUACCUUCAAAGAUGCUUAUAAAGAUGAUCAAAGAUUGAAAGAUAUCGAAAAGUUGGAAUCGAAAGUAUUGAAAUGCUCAAUAUAA